UUCAACUCCCUAGAUGAAUUUAGGUAUGCCAUACGUGAAUGGUCUGUAUUAAAUGGGAGACAAAUUACUUUUGUCAAAAAUGAAAGUGAUAGGGUUAGGGUGGUGUGCAGGGCCACUUGUGGGUUUUUAAUGCUAUGCUCCAAAGUGGGCCACAAGAGGACAUUUGCUAUAAAAACCAUUGUAGACAAACACACUUGUGCUAGGGUUUUAGACAAUAAAUCUGCAAAUUCAAGGUGGGUGGCUAAGAUUGUUUUGAAGAAGAUGCAGACCUCACAAGAUGUCAGAAUCACUGAUAUUAUACAAGAUCUGAGGCAAAAUUACUCUGUAGGUAUAACUGUUUGUAGGGCUUGGAAAGCAAAACUCAUAGCCAAGAAGAUGUUGGAGGGAGAUGCAGAUAGGCAAUAUGCAAUAUUGAGGAGGUAUGCUGCAGAGUUAUUAAGGGCCAGCCCUGGAAACACUUUGGCUAUAACUGUUGAAAGGCCUAACCCAACAAUCCCACCAAGAUUUGGUUGCUUCUAUUUCUGCUUUGAGGGAUGUAAAAAGGGUUUCAUUAAUGGAUGUAGGCCCUUUGUGGGAGUGGAUGGCUGCCAUCUUAAAACAAAGUAUGGUGGUCAAUUGCUAAUUGCUGUAGGGAGGGACCCUAAUGAUCAGUAUUUUCCACUUGCUUUUGGGGUUGUGGAGACAGAAACAAAAGAAAGCUGGAAGUGGUUCUUGGAGCUGUUGAUGAAUGAUGUGGGCCAGAGCAACAGAUAUGUGUUCAUAUCAGACCAACAAAAGGGUCUUGUUGCAGUCUUUGAAGAGAUGUUUGAGAGAAUUGAGCACAGGGUUUGUUUAAGGCAUCUAUAUGCCAAUUUCAAGAAAAAAUUUGGAGGGGGUGCACUCAUUAGAGAUCUAAUGAUGGAGGCUGCAAAAGCCACUUACUACCAAGGCUGGUUACAAAAGAUGAAUGAAUUGAAGUUGAUAGAUCUUGAUGCCUGGACAUGGUUAAUGGGUGUUCCUCCAAAGUCAUGGUGUAAGCAUGCUUUUUCCUUUUACCCUAAAUGUGAUGUACUAAUGAAUAACAUAUCUGAAUCAUUUAAUGCUACUAUUUUAAGUGUAAGAGACAAACCUAUUUUGACCAUGUGUGAGUGGAUUAGGCUGUACUUGAUGAAUAGAUGUUCUGCCUCAUCAGCCAAACUAAAAAAAUGGCCUCAUAAAGUAAUGCCAAUACCUAGGAAGAGACUUGAUAAAGAAGUCAUGCUAAGUGGGCAUUGGUUGCCCACUUGGGCAAUGGAUGAGACAUUUGAGGUGAAUCAUUCAUAUAAUGGUCAGAAGUUUGUAGUUGACAUUGCUAAGAGAAGUUGUACUUGUAAUUUAUGGGAGCUAGUUGGCAUCCCUUGUAGACAUGCUAUUGCUGCUCUAUCUUUCAGACAACAGAAUCCAGAAGACUUUGUAGACAGUUGCUAUCAUAGGGACAAGUAUGCCAUAUGUUAUAGUUUUCCUAUAAGUCCAAUCAAUGGUGAAGAAAUGUGGCCUGAGGUAGAUGCUGAUCCAAUAAUGCCCCCCAUGUACAAGAGAGGUCCUGGCAGGCCUAAGAAAUUAAGGAUUAGGGAGUGUGGAGAAGAAGGUGCUAGAAGAAGGAGAUUACCAGGUGUGUCUUAUAGGUGCACCAUUUGUGACAAAUUUGGUCACAAUGCUCAAACUUGCAAAAGCACAACUCAGAAUCCCAAUGCACUUAAAAGAAAGAAAAAGGUUAAGUUGGAUGCUCAAACUGCUGCAACUCAUGGAGCUGAGACUGGUGCAACUGAUGUUCCCCAAAGUGAUGCAACUGAUGGAGUUCAAACUGAUGCAACUCAUGGAGCUGAGUCUGGUGCAACUGCAGUGACCCAAACUGCUGCAACUGAUGGAGUCCAAAGUGCUGCAACAGAUGGAGUUCAAACUGAGACAAAUCAGACUGAUUUUUUUGGAGACAUUACUGAUGAUGUGAUCUCAAGCCUGCCAGAGUUUAACUCUACCCAAUGCUCUGCUGUGGAUGGAGCCUCACAAAGGAGAGGUAAGAAAAAGAUGUCACCUACCAAGCCAAUCAAGAGGAGGACAAGUGAAAGACAGAAGUUGUUCUGGUUUAAAAAACCAAUAACUGGCCCAGGUGCUACCUCUGAACAACCAAUAUCAGUGACUGAUGAAGAUAACAAUGAUGAGUCAAGGCGUGGGAAGAAGAAAUUGAAGAAGAACUAUUAAGUCAUGAUUAUGUAUAAGUCCUAGUUAUGUAUAAUGCUAGUGAACUUCAAUAUUUUGUUUAUG